AUGACCAGUUUUAUACAGGAACCUAGUAUUUCAUUCAGACCUUCUGUCUUUCCUGAAGAUCUAUCUUCUAUCUUCUACAUCCAAAAUAGAUGUCAGACAUCAUUCCUCAAAGAUGCCAGUCAGACAACUUCGAAUUAUGCUCCUGGUGCUGCUUAUGAUGCAGAAAGUAUACACUUAACUGAUUUGCUACUCCAUCUUUCUACCAGAUUCAUCAAUAAUGUAGAACCAAGGAACCAAACAGGUGUUUCAAAAUUCAUUCUCCUGGGAAUAACAGAGGAUUCAGAAUUGCAGCCCUUCAUCUUUAGCCUCUUUCUCAUCAUGUACCUGAUCACUGUUCUUGGAAACUUGCUCAUUGUCCUAGCAGUAUGCUCUGACUCCUACCUGCACACCCCCAUGUAUUUAUUUCUCUCCAAUCUAUCUUUUAAUGACAUCUGUAUAAGCACAACCACCAUCCCAAAGAUGCUGGUGAACAUCUUGACACAGAAUCAGAGCAUCACUUAUACAGGUUGCCUCAACCAGAUAUUCUUUGUCGUGGCUUUUGGUAGUUUUGAAAAUUUCAUCCUUGCAGUAAUGGCCUAUGACCGCUAUGUGGCCAUUUGCCACCCAUUAAGGUAUACUGUCAUCAUGAACACAUGCUUCUGUGGCCUGAUUAUUCUAUUUUCUUUGUUAAUUAGUAUAGUUAAUUCCUUACUUCACAGUCUGAUGGUUUUGCAUGUGUCCUUCUGCACAAAUCUGGAAAUCCCUCAGUUCUUCUGUGAACUUACUCAGGUCCUUAAGCUUGCCUGUUCAAGUAUUCUCAUCAACAACAUCUUGAUAUACCUCGUGUCUUUCAUAUUUGCUGGUAUUCCUCUUUGUGGUAUCAUGUUUUCUUAUACUCAGAUUUUCUCCUCUGUUUUGAAAAUGUCAUCAGCAUCUGGAAAGUAUAAAGCUUUUUCCACCUGUGGGUCUCACCUCUCAGUUAUUUCUUUAUUCUAUGGGACAGCUUUUGGUGUGUACCUCAGUUCUUCAUUCACACACUCUCCCAAGAAGACAGCAGUAGCUUCUGUAAUGUAUCUUGUAUUCCCUCAAAUGAUGAAUCCUUUUAUCUAUAGCCUGAGGAACAAGGAUGUAAAGGUAAGCCUGAGAAAAGUCCUUGGUAGGAUACCUUCUUUAUAG